CCACUUCACUUUGAACACAGCUGAACCUGAAUGAUCAGAUGUAACUUUGCUCAGCCGGCUCCACAUUUCGUACAGCUGGUUACUCCUGAUGAGACCCAAUAGCGCCAGCUUGGUUUACGUUCCAACGUUCUUUGAAACGGCCAAGUCCAGUUUAAAACUAAUGAAAUAAUCGUGUGAAGUUUAUUUUGACUUUCUGUUUUGUCAAAUAGGUUGUUAGUAGAUGAAAAGCUGGGAAUAAGCUGUGUUGUAGUGUAAACUAGAAGUGGCACAGAGAAACUGUAUUUUUUAAAGUUGCAGCCGAGAUGGAUUCAACAGAGAAACUAAACCAAAAUAAAGACUCAGACGUCAAGAAAGUGGUACCCAAGUCUGAGUUUUUCGGGGCUUUGGUGUCUUUACCAACAUGCCUGUGCUUAAUGUUGUCAGUCAGUUCUGUGGCGUUUUGUUUUUUGUUGAGCUUCAAAACUUUUCAGUUGGAAAACAGAGUGAAAGUUUUGGAGAAAGAAAACGCACCAGUGUUUGCUCCGGCAGAAACCAGUAUUCUUACAGAGGGAAGGACUCUAUUACCUGUGAUCCGAGAUACGAUAGAAAGUAUUCUGCAAGAGAGGUUAAAUGAAGCAUUGCCUAGACUGCGGACAGCCAGGGACCUGCAGGCACAGUGCUCCUGCCCUCCAGGGCCUCCAGGAAAACGUGGAAAGGCAGGAAGGCAAGGCGAUCAUGGGCCUCCAGGAACACCAGGACGAGAUGGCUACCCGGGUCCACUUGGUAUGGAUGGGAAGCCGGGCCCCCCUGGAUCGAAAGGAGAUAAGGGUGACCAAGGGGAUGCUGGUCCAAGGAUGGUCUUUCCACGCUUAGAUCACGGAUUCCUCUCUGGCGAUCAGCCUAACUUUCAAAGGAGGAUUCUGAAGGGGGAUCAGGGGCAGGCUGGCCCCCCAGGGCCACCCGGCCCUCCAGGACCCAGGGGACCUCCAGGGGAUACAGGCAAAGACGGACCACGGGGACCUCCUGGAGAGCUGGGGGAAGAUGGUGCUCCUGGACAGAAGGGAGAGAAGGGUAUUAUGGGUUUCCAAGGUGAAAGAGGAAUCGAUGGAUUGUCAGGAACUAAGGGGGAGAUGGGUGCGCCUGGAAUUCCUGGAUUCCCUGGGCUAAAGGGUGAACCAGGAAGUGAAGGGCCAGCUGGUCCCAGAGGUCUACCUGGUCAAAAGGGUCAUCAAGGAGCAACUGAGAUCAUAGACUAUGAUGGAAGGAUACAUGAAGCCCUUCAGGCUAUCCAGACUAUCAGUGUCAUGGGCCCUGCUGGCCCCCCUGGCCCGCCCGGUCCCAAGGGAGAUGCAGGACCCAAGGGUGAAUUGGGAUUACCAGGUAUAGCUGGAGUGGGCGGAGAACAGGGUCCUAAAGGAGAGGAUGGGAUCCCAGGGUUAGCUGGUCAGAGAGGAGAGAAGGGGGAGAUGGGCUUGUCCGGUCCUGCGGGUAUUGAUGGACAGAAAGGGGAGAAGGGAGAACCGUGCCCAUCUAGCCUGGAAGACCAUAUUGUCCAGAUGAUCUCCCAGCCAGGACCGCCAGGACUGCCAGGACCUCCUGGUCCACAAGGUCCCAUUGGGCUUACAGGAGCUCCGGGCCCAGAGGGGGAGUCUGGGUUAGACGGCUUGAAUGGAGAGAAAGGGGAGCCUGGAGAGAGGGGUCCCCCAGGUCCCACAGGUUUGGUUGGCCUUCCCGGCACCAAGGGAGAAAAGGGAAAGACUGGGGAACCAGGAUUAGAUGGUUUUCCAGGGCAACGAGGUGAAAAGGGGGACCAGGGUGUGAAAGGAGAUAAGGGGGAGAGAGGGACAACAGGAAAGAGAGGACUAAAGGGGCACAAAGGAGAGCAAGGACCCCCUGGAUUGGACCAGCCGUGUCCAGUGGGGACUCCAGGAGGUAGAGGAGGCCAGGGAGAGGUUGGCAUGCCUGGCCUGGAUGCUCCCUGUCCCUUGGGUCCAGAUGGACUGCCUAUACCAGGAUGCUGGCAUAAGUGAUCUCUAACCAUCGAGCAUGGAGUGUGUACAUAUUAAUGGUAUGUUUUGUGGGUUGAAGCUUUUUUUUUUUUUUUUUUUUUUUUUUAAUUUAAUAUAUUGAGCUAUUGGUGUAUGGAAAAAAAGGAACCACAAAGAACCCUACUCACCAACUGGAAAAAAUAAAUAAAUAAAUAAAUCUGCAGCAAAUGAACUUGCCAGUGCUGUGGGCUAUGAAGUGCUGCUACAUGAACUAAUAAUGACCCCCUAACAUUAUUAACAAUGACUGAUCAUCCUUGUGAACACAGAGGAGUGAUGCAUGGAACACUAGUUCACAUGUUAAGCUUCACAGCUCUAAGGAACAGCUUGCUUUUUCUUCCCCCUAAAAGGGUGAACCAGCUUGGUUCAAACCCAAGAGGAAACGAAUGUCUCAGCCCUAGACGCAUUGAAAGAAACUUGUUUUCUGGGCUUCUCUAUGUGAAGGAACGGAUGGCCCAUUGGAAGAAGGCUGCCAGCCUGCAUGGGAUUGCACCAGUGUAGAUCCCAACCCUUUAUUGUACUGGGAACAGGGCAGCUAGAAGCUGUAGCCCUCACAGACCAGGCCGGUCUUGUGUUCCCUGCAGGAACUCCAAGUAAAACGAGAAAACCAACACUUGUUCUCCAUUCUUCCAAAAGGGGACUUGAAGCACACGUGUCAUUUUAUUUAGAACAUGUCUGUUAAUAUAAAAAUGCCACACUGAAGAAAGGCAUUUCUUUUCAUUUUUAAGCUGUUGGGAUUGUAUCUUCUUUUUUAACCCACCUGUCGGUACACAUGGCGAAAGUAAGACAUUCUCUGGUAUUAUGUUAAGAUCAACAUACUGUCAGUAUUUUUUUUAUAUGGUAUUCUAUAAUAUGGCUCGAUUUACAUUUAUAUUCGUAACAGGUAAAGCAAAGCCUAUAUAAAAUGUAUUUUACAAUUACAAUGCAUGGUGUUUUUAAAGCAAGUUUCAUUUUUUGUCAUUUUAAAGCAAGUUGAAAUUUUGUAUUUAAGUGCAUGAAGAUAAACCCCUUUUAUAAAAAAAAAAAAAAAAAAAAAACACCAUUUUCUUAAUCACUGACAAUUCACGGAGUGUCGUGUUGACAUGAUUUUGCCUAACGUGGUUGGCAUUUUCUUUUACACUUUUUUCAGUAUUACAAGACUGGCUAAUUGAAGUGAUUGCAUGCAUGUAUCACAAAUACAAUUGUUUGCAACUGUAUUUAAAAUAACUUGUCAGAGUGCACAGACAUAUCAGUAUCAGGAGUGUGGUACAAAUAGUUUGGUAGAUAACAGCAUCCAUCGUGUGUGUGUGUGCAUUUACUAUUUCAGAUUGAUGCCAUAGAAUUGAGAAGCAGGUUACUUAUUUCACUAGAGUAGAUAUGUAUGGGUGCUUUAAAAGGAACUGGAGUUGGAAACAAGACUCUCACUGCAGUGUCAUUCCACAGUUUACUGUGUUCUAGAGACUAGGACCUGUGGUUUGCUUAAUCGGAAAACACCUUUAGAAUGGGUUUUUUGCUUUCACUUUUUAGAGUGCAGAUUUUUUAGAACCCUCAGUAUACAAAUCUCAAUAUCCUGUAUGAAUCGUUUGUGUAAGGCUUCAGUUGAAUAUCAACGUAUCAUUUACUACUCCCAGUACUUUUAAGUGUUGCAUAUUACAGAAAUAAUGCAUUUGUGGCAAAUCUAUUUCAAACACAUGUUACAUAUAUUUGGAGAGCGCCGUGCAGAAGGAAUAAAAACCCUAAAAAACUUUUUUUGUUUUUAUUUUCCCUAAAAGUUUUGGCCACUUUGUAGCUUGCCAGAUAUAAACCACACCAUCCUCUUUCUCGUAGUCCUGGUUUCAUUGCUUUUCAGGGCUUUACCUAUCCCUUUGCUAGCACAUGUUGUCAUCGUGUCAAGGACAAGAAAUAGAAUGUAGUUGAGAUACUACUGCAUCUGGAGAAAAGUGGGUUGACUAACCAUUUAGAAAUUCCAAAUUGCUUCAUACCCAGAAUUUACACACACGUAAAAAAAAAAUAUAUAUAUAUAUAUAUAUAGUUUUAUUAUGGCACAUUUCUCUAAGCUUGUAUCAAUAUUUUCUGGGAGAUUUAUUAAGUUUGCAGUAUUUUGAACAUAGUUUAUUUGUAUUCGAUAGUAACCCUAUAGGAUAUCUUUCAACACUGGACUGAAUAAAAAAAUAAAAUUGAGCUAAGAGUUUCACAUUUUGUUAACAAAACAGGUGUGUCUGUGCAACUGAGCUCUGAAAUAUGAUGGCUUCCAGUGGCUUUGGGGAAAACAAAAGAAUAAGCUUUUUCAAUUAAACCUGACCUUCGACUAAAACCCACAACUUUUGUCUGGAGGGAAAAUUAAUUGCUUUUCAGGCUAGAAAAACUUCAAAGCCAAAAAAAAAUCCUGAAAAAUGUAUUCAGACAGUCUUAUUGGCUUUAAUAAAGGUGUAGCAUUUCCCCAAACAUAAAGAACUGAUUAGCCAUCACUCAGCAGCAAUAAGCCCUGUGUGUCAUUUCUGUAUUUCAAAAGACAUUUCAAGAGAAUUCUGAACAUAAAAAUGUAUUUUGAAUUGCAUUGUAUUGUAGUACAACCCACAGAAAAGUUUCUUCUCCCUCUCCUGCUGUGAGUGCAGUCUCUGGUAGAGGGGUUUAUUUCUAGUACCAUUUCAUAUCAGUUUCACUCAUGUUUCUCACAAUAUCUGAAAUGUGUUGCUGAUAUUUUGACAAGCAUAUUCUUUGUGAAGUUGUAAGGUCACCAUUAUAUUAUAUACCUGUCAGAUAUUACCAAACCAUGGGGUCUGUUUUAAUGAUCACUGCAUUUUGUAUUUUAAUCAAUGAACUACAGCAUUAGAUCCUCACUGUUUUAGCUCAUUAGAAUCAAUUCCCCAUAUGUGUGACAGUCUAAAUUAAUGAAUACUAUUUAUUUCAAUAUAGCUUUGUUGUGUUAUUGAUGAAAUGAAAUAAGCUUGUCAGAUUGUUUGUUUUAUUUCCAUAACAAAUAUCAAAAUGUUAUUUACCGGUACCAGUUUAAAAUAUAUAUAUUUGUU